AUAAACGAAAUGGAGAGCUCCGUGUCGGUGGUAAUCUUGUUCUUGUGCUGCUACGCUGUUCCGGACGGAGGAAGGGAAAGCGAUGGAUGCAGGACGGGCGAUGGCCGACGAGAAGGUGGUGGGGCGGCUGAUGGCGGCGAAGAAGGCGUCGGGGAAGUCCAACUCCCAGAUAGCGGCGGAGACGGGGCUCACCAACGUCUACGUCGCCCAGCUCCUCCGCCGCCAGGCCCAGCUAAAGCCCUCAACCGCCCUCGCCCUCCGCUCCGCCCUCCCAACCCUCACCGAUGACCUCGUCUCCAAGAUGAUGGAACCGCCUUUCCGCUCCUACAACCCCAAUCUCAUCCAGGACCCCGCCAUCUACCGAUUGAAUGAAGCUGUUAUGCAUUAUGGAGAGAGCAUCAAAGAAAUCAUUAAUGAGGACUUUGGUGAUGGCAUUAUGUCAGCUAUAGACUUCCACUGUUCGGUUGACAAGGUUCAAGGUGUUGAUGGGAAGGACCGUGUAGUUAUUACAUUUGAUGGGAAGUAUCUGCCUUACAGCGAACAGGUUAAAAGACUCCCGCGCCAAGUAGAACGCCUGAUCCACCGAGCCACUUCCCCAUCAGUGGUUUUUGUCAAAUUAUGGAUGGCAGCAGCAAUGGCAAGGGGGCAGCGCAUGGUUUUCUGAGGGUUAAUCUCCAUAAAAUAGGUCAAGACACAAGGUUUGCUGCUUGAUACCAAAUCCUAUACUGGUAUCAUUUUAUUACAGUAUUAGUAUCGGUACCAUAUGAGACUACGUAUCAAUUCAGUAUCAGUACAAUCAGUAUGGCAAAUCUUAUUUUGAGAGGCUGUAAUUGGCUUUGCGCCUUCUAGGGAUGACUUUGGGACCAAAGUAGUGGGUUGGCUAAGCCGCUUCAGGUGUGUUAA